CCACAAUAAAUUCAAAUGGCCGAAAACUAAACAAACAAACAAGAACCUUAUUACCAAUAUAUAAAUACGCAUAUAAACUAGACCGUAAACGCCAAUUGAAUUACAGAUCAUACUUCAUUAUUCUACCAUACACAAAAAAAAAAUUGAAGGUAAAAAUGGGAAAUGUUAUGACUGAAUUAGAGAGAAACUCAAGACAGCAGUCAAGUCGACCCGUGUUUCGUGUAGCAGAACCUAGCAAACACAAUCAUACGCCUGUUAGAUAUAAGAGCCGUCCAUCUGAGUCUACAUGGGAUGCCAUUAUCAAAGAUAACAAUUCUAUCAAAUCAGCUCCCGAUCAGCAGCAAAAAAUUAAUGAGAUAUUGAGUAAAGGAGUGUAUUGGGAUAGCAGAAAAAAGAAAUAUUGGGUGGACAGCAAUGGAAACAACUGCUUCAUGGUGUUUGCCAAUGGUCUCAAGAUAACUUGGUCUGAUAACCCAAAUUAUUGGUACUUACAGAAAAAGAGUGAACUUGGCGACGACAACAUAACCAUAGCCCAACUAAGGAAUGUUGCCUGGCUAGAAGUGUAUGGAACAUUCAACACAGCAGACCUUACACGAGGAGUUAAGUACGAAGUUUGUUUUAUAGUGAAGCUCGAACGCACUUCGUAUGGCUGGGAAGUCCCUGUGAACUUCCAGCUCACUCUACCUGAUGACAUGGUACUUAUUUAGAUUAAAAAAUUUAGAUUUGAAUAUCAAUCUGCUAGGUACUUAUUUCAGAUGAAUAGAACAAAUCAUAAACAAGUACCAAUUUGGAAUAAUGACAGGGAAGAGGAUAGGUAUACAACUAGAACAAUGUGAUCAUACCCAUGAUAGUUGGUUGAAGUGCUAAUUUUGUCAUACAUAAUCAACCAAAAAUCAAGCUAGAAUUAGAAAGUCAUCUUUAUUUCAGAUAAUGAGAACAAAUCACGACUUAUUUGUUAGGAUAUGGAUACAAACAACUAAAACAAUACUCCGUAAUUUGUGUACGACGGAGAAUGAAGAACAAUUAACACCCAACUCCAACAGCUUCAAGCCUUCCGAGCAAGACGAAUAUCCAUAUUAAUUGUUUCAAUUUCAGUUUGUCAAUUUUAAUCUGUGAGAAUGUCAAUAAUCAAGGAGUCUUACCAAGGAGUUGUUUAGUUGUCAUGGCAUGGAUAAAUGAUUAGAAUCAGAUAGCAUUACUUUGCCUGGAAGAGUCCAAUACAGGCGGGCUUAGAUUAAGCGUUAUUGUACAGAAAUAGCCCACCAAUCUGGUGCCAAUAUCCUACGUUUUACCCUUUUGUAAUUUUCAUUUUUUAACUAGUCUUUGGGCUGAGAUGAUGCCUAAACCCGAGUUAUUAUAUGACAAAUAAUUUCUCUGUUCUAAUAAUAUUGUAACAAUUAGACUUUUGCACUA